UCAACCAGCAUGCAGAUGAUUACACGAGGAGUUACACGACUUGGCUUCCUUACGUUGAAAAUUUCGCUCUAAAAACCUGGAUUACGUAAAUUGACCGUGCUGUAAGGGUCACAGUUCAAUCAUGAAUGGAGAGGAAAACACACGGCCUCGUAGUCGACACCUUGAGGGCUUAGACAUAAAUAAUUCCCCACGACGGAGUCUACGGUCCAAGUCAAACAGUCCAGUUAUCCACCGAAAGACAGCGGAUGAUCACACAGAGGGUCGACAGUCCAGAAAACAAACCAACAGCUUAACUAACGAAAACACAGAUGUCGCAGUGAACGGAUCGGUAUCGGACAUCCCAGUCAGGGGUCGAAGCAGGCUCAACGAACUCAAGGAGGCUGUGACAAGAUCUCUUAGCAAGGAGACGCAUUGCCGGGACUCGGACAUCAUGGUUAGGGAUGUGGCAGACAGUGAAGACCGACCAAGGAGAACGAGGGCGACAGGUCCAGCAGAUCCAAUCCAGGAACAUUCUGGGUGCCCAACUCCAGGAUGCGAUGGGUCAGGACACACAAAUGGGAAAUUCUCCAAACACAGAAGUAUAUACAGCUGUCCAGUUAAGCGCAAGCUUGAUUCCAAACCAACGUCACCUGAGCCUCAGCGCAAGAUGAAGAGAACACGGCGUCGAGGAGCCAACAAUGCUGCCAGCAAUCAAGACCCAGAUGAUGAAGUCAUCAUCAACAAGCCGGCAACAAAAAGCGGGGUAGCUCCCGAUCAAGAGGAUGAGAACUCUGUGUCGUCCCUUGAUGACGACCCGCAGUCCAAGUGCAGCCGACGAGCCAUCAAGAAUCUGCAGAAACUCCUGGAUAAUGUGACGGCUGAGAUCGACCAGGAGAAGAACGUGGAGAAGGGUGUGAAGCUACCGACGAUAAGGUCCCAGGAGGAGGAAGAAGGGGAAGAAGAGGUCCCGGAUGAGGUGCAGAAGGAAGCGAUGGAUGUCAAGGAGCAAGAGCCUGAGAUGGACAAGGAAGAAGAGGCUGAUGUUGAGGAGAAAGAUGAAGUCGAGGAAGACGGCGAGAUAGAGGAGGAAGAAGAAGAAGAAGAGGAGGAGGAGGAAUCAGUCGAGGAAGACAGCAAAGUCCAACUACCAAGAUAUGACUUCAAGAACAUUACCACUGUCGAAGCGGAAGAUCAAGACGACGAAGAGGUCUGCACACCUCCUAAGCUUCACAAGGAGCUGGCUUUCCUCAACCAGGAGGUCUCUAUUCUUGGGGGUACUCCGGAGUUGUCGAAGGGACUUUCGUCACCGGAGCCUCUUCCGCUGAAGGACACUUACACUGAUAUCAAGGACAAGGAUGCGGAGGAUGCUGGUGAUAGCGAAGAGCUGCAUUUUGAGAACAGUGAGGAGGAGGCGGAAGAUGACGAUGAUGUCAUCUUAGAACUGAUUGGUGAUGAUUCGGGGGAUGACGACGCUUUCUCUGUAAUCCCUGAGAACUCCAAAGGAGCCGAGGAUGAGGACGAGUACAGCAUCGCCAUGCCACAGCUGCCGAAGCACCUCCGUCUCAUGAGCGAGCAACUGUCGCAGGAGCUCGAAGAAGAGACCAAAAAGCAUCAGUCGGAUGACGUCGCGCAGGAGAGCACACCAGAGCAGGACGCCCCGAAAGAACCUGCUAUCACGACCAUCGCAGAAGCCCCAGACACAACCAGCACAGAGAGUGAAGAACAAAUGGAAGUCAUUAAUGAAGUCGAUGACUCUCUGGUCAUCGAGGAGAAAAUGGACGAUUCUCCCGCGGUGGAGGAAGAGACGCCGGUCUUGCUUUCGGAGAACACUGAGGAGGCUCCCACUCCCAGCAACAAAGCUGUUGUUAACCUGUUGCCUCUAACAACAGAAGAGGUCCCCAUGGAAGACAAUGACGUCCUGAGCCAGUCCAUGGCAGUCCCCGACGAACCUCUUGUGAUUGACGACAAAGUUCUUGACCAGGGCGAAGACAAAGAGAACACCUUCACUGCCCCACCCGUCAAACCGGACAUUCCUCCGACCAUCGGUGCUCUUCUCGCCGCAGAGCCUAGAGUCACUUUACCGUCUGUGUCAAAGGUCACACCCCUCAUGAUACCCAUCGUGAAGACAGAACCAAUGGACAUUAUGGCAACGCUAGGGACCUCUUCAGCCAUGACACAGAUGAGGGAGGCAGUCAGGAAUGCAUCAGGGGGCAUGCCGAUGACGUCGGUGCUGCUUAACGAGCUAACAAGCAGCAAUCCAGGCACGAUCAUUACAAGUUCUACAAUGUUGACAAAGGACUUUCUUGAAGGGUGUAAGUGUCCGACCCCUGGCUGUGAUGGGUCAGGGCAUGUGACUGGACUCUACCAUCACCAUCGCAGUUUGUCUGGAUGUCCACACAGAGACAAGAUUCCACAGCAGCUCUUACAGAUGCACGAACACGUCUUGAACAGAUGCCCCACGCCGGGCUGCACAGGACGCGGGCAUGUCAAUAGCAACAGGAACUCACAUAGAAGCUUGUCAGGUUGUCCGAUCGCUGCGGCCGAGAAACACAAUAUCGGCAAAAUUGCAGGAGCAAAAGACCUGAUGAUAAACCGCUUCGAUGGCAUGCCCGGUGGCCACACCCCAACCAGCCAACCAGAACACUUAGUAUCAGAUAUGCUGAACAGACCAGUAUGUUACGUGAAGCAGAUGGAUCUACAAAGUAGUGGGUACCAGUCCUUUGUCAACUCUACAACCCGACCAGGUGACCCUAGAUUCGGCAAGCCAGAAGCCCUCCUGCCCUUUGACCCCAAGGCUUCCUUCACCACCGGCCACAAACGCAUUGCCCCCAAGAUCAUCACAGCUAGCGACCUGAGCUCCCCGCUCAGGAAGAAGAUGCAUCCUGGAGACUACGACACCGGCGACUGCACCAUCGACCCGACAGCUGCCAGGAUGGCCGCCACCGCCCUCAAUCUCUCUAUAAAGACACCGCAGCUAGCCCCGACGCAGCUCACAAUCCCAAUGCAGAUGCAACCUCACCUAGCUGCCCAUCACCAUCACCAACCGUUAGCCACCCCUCCAACACAAAUACAGCGACCCAUCGAGACUGUCAAAAUGGACUGUAACGGUACGUUGGACCUCAGCAUGAAGUCCAACAAAGGGGGUGAUACAGCGAGUGUGACGUCUCACUCGACACCUUCCCCCUCCUCAGUACAAUCAGCAGCGUCGGGGUUGAUACAGCUGAGCGUCCCGCAACCCGGGGUGCAGAACCCGGUCCCGUCGUUCAUCACCUCAGCACCGACGAUCUUACAGAUUCCCAGGAACUACGGGGAGCAACCAAUGGACUUCUCAACCAUGGGGAAACAGCAUCAGGUCAAAGUCACUAAAGCACCCACGAGCGUGGUCUCGUGUUUCCCCACGAACCCUACGCCCACAACUACGUCGUCGAUAACCGUGGCAGCCAUGUUGAAAACCAAUAAUCCAGAUUACGAUGAUCCAAGUGGUGCGUUCAUGCAAUUUAAUAAGCCCCGCAAAAUCAAAGGAACACUCGACGGAAAGCGCGAGCAUCUGAGCUGUCCAACCCCCGGCUGCGACGGAUCAGGUCAUGUGACUGGAAAUUACGCUUCCCAUAGAAGCAUAUCAGGGUGUCCAAUGGCUGAUAAAUCCGCCAUUGUCCAGGCCAGUCAUGAACUUAAGUGCCCAACACCAGGGUGUGACGGCUCAGGGCACAUCACAGGCAAUUACACGUCCCAUCGCAGCCUGUCCGGUUGCCCCCGUGCCAAGAAACGUAGCAUGAUGACAGUAAUCAAGAGGCAGUCUGAAGGAGAUGAGGAGAACCCGGAGGAUCCUCUUGUCAGGUGUCCAGUUCCCAACUGUGACGGGUCAGGCCAUCUGACCGGCAAGUACGCCUCACACCGCAGUGCCUCAGGGUGCCCCCUUGCAUCCAAGGCCUACCAGACGUACCUAUGGGAUGGGUACAGCAACAAUGAGCAGCCCCCCGGUAUGCCGGCUGCAGCCGCACCCAAGACCAUCAAGAUGGAGACCCCUAGUUGUCCAAUACCUGGUUGUGAUGGUUCAGGCCACUGUAACGGUAGCUUCUCAUCUCACCGUAGCCUCUCUGGAUGCCCUCGAGCCACCGGCGUCAUGAAGAAGGCCAGACUCAACGGAGAAGACAUCGCUGCUAUCUCAGUCAAAGCAUCACAAGGAAUAGAAAACGAUGAGGAAAUCCGUGCUCUGGACUCUGAAAUCAGUGAACUCCAGCACAACAAUUGCCAGAUGGAGUCGCAGAUGAUUAAACUGCGUGGACAGAUCUACUCCAUGGAGGGCAAGCUCCACGUCGCCGAGAAAGAGCACAACUCCAUGGAAGAGAAGCACCGAACGCUGACCCACCAGCUGGACGAACUGCGCAACACACUUAUCAAGCACCUUGCCGACGUGCAGAGCCAAGCGGCUUCGCCCGUCCCACCCGCAGCAGCCGCCCUGCCGCAGCCGGCUAGGUCUGGACUGAGCCGGGAAAACAUUGAAGCAUUUCUGAUGACUCUGGAUACAAAGGGCGCCGAGGAUCGGCCGGAGACCCCGCCGGAGGAAGAAGGUACCCCGAUGGAGUUUGAGAGUGUGGAGAGCGCCAAAGUGAAACCAACAGCAACGGUGGCAGCGGUGGGAUCAGCAGUUGUCAAUAACAUUGCUGUGUCGGCCACGUAGAUGAAGAAUUCUACUGUAAGGUCCAUACCCACUCCUGGUUGUCUCAGGACUUGUAAGGCAGCUUGAUGAGAGCUGUUGGAUUCUUGAGACAACCAGGUACUGGUCAGUCAUAAAAUAGUACUGGGCUGUUAACAGACUUGAUGCUAGUAUAUAAAACUAAGCAGACGACAGUCGGCCAUACUUAAAAGUGUACCUGCUUAUUAAAAUUAUACCACUCACAGCUAUGAAGAAAUUAUAAAACGAGAGUCAGACCAAAACAUGGCGAGACCAAACUCUUUAAAACCUCUUGUUUUACAAACCCCUCCCUUCUUAUAAAAACAAAAUCUCAAUGAAAAGACCAGUAGUACUUGGUUUGUUAUGAUGGCGAGAAUAUACAACAGUCUUGCAAGUUUAGUUCUUCUAUACAGAUCAGCUGUAUCUGUAGUCUUUCAUUGUCAAAAACCCUUAACCCUUCCAUUAUUAAUGGUAUUGCUGUUGUGUUCAAGUAGUGUUUUGUUUAAAAUGCAUUUUGAGGUGGUUUUCAAAAUAGUACUUGACUAAAUUAUCUUGAGAAAUAGUUUCUAUUUCGAUGGUGUUUUCUCAUCUUUAGAUCAAGUCGAUUGUUCAAUAUCUUCACAGUCAAUGACGACCUUUCCUUAUUUUCAAUAAUGCACAUGUAAUUCAAAGUUGUUUAAACAGAAACCAGCCUUCAACCCAUUUCUGAAUAGCCAUAGGAACAGUGUUUAUGUACUUUGACCAGUCGGGUAGAUAUGGAUUAUACUUGGCUUAUCAAAAUUAGUAACUGUUAUGUUUUUGUUUAUACAAAUGAUGAUAAUAAUAAUUGAAAUCUGAUGCAGUUUAAAUAUGUAUGCAGAUAACUACCUUCAUGGGAUUUUUGUUUUUUCUUAAGUUUGAAUUAUUUUUAUACGAACGAAAUUGUGAAAAUAUUCCGUGAUCAUUUGUAUGUAAACGUCCAGUAAGGGAUUGUGUGCUUGUAUAUAAUGAAAUUUUCAUUUUUGUUUUGGAAGUUUUUCUAGCGACCUAUAGACCUUUAUCAUGGUGUGGUCAUCUUGAUAUUACCCCAUUCCAACUCACUGUAACCAAACUGAGGCUAGACGAAAUAAUAGUCUGGUGCCAUGCGUAAUGAAUGUUAGCAUUCAUUACUGUUAUUGGAAACGAGGAACAUUACCAAGAUGGUGACUGCGUGAUAAAGGUCUAUAUUAAGGGAGGGAGGGGGGUUUAUGUAGUACACGGAACAGUCUGGUGUUGUUCGCUGUCCAUUAUAAGGGGCUUAAAAUCGUCAAGGUCAAAACAGGUCUGGGUUGUACAUGGAGAGCGUGCGCUCAUAGUUCCAUGCACAUCCAAAGGCCUGUAUGAUCAUGAUCACAUGGCCCUCUUUAAAUUAUGAAAUUGCCAAAAAAUAAAAUUUGCCCACAGUUUUUUACAAUUUUUAUUUAUUUAUUUUUUAUUCUGGGAAGACGUUUGUCACUGUUGGGACAUAUCUUGGAAUGAGCUACUCGUUUUUCCGGUUGUGACUGUAUUUGCCAUUUAAUUAUUAUACUUUUUUUAACGGAAGACCCUAAGGGCUCAGACCAAACAAAGCCAUUUAUUGCAAUUCAUUUGUACAGCUCCAUUUUCAAUUUCUUUUGUUGGCCCUCGUUAAUGGUAAAUCAUGCCAGGUACAGACAGUAGUACUAUAUACAAUAAUUUAUUGUCCGAUACAAAUCUCAGCAUUAUAUUCCUGCUCCAUAGAAGUAAAAUGAAUUUUGGGGAUGCACAAAGGUCAAAUCCCUAGUUUGCAUAUCUGGGUGUGGUAUGACACUCGGCCAAUCAGAUCUGAUGUACUGUUAAAAAGUUUAGUCUGUCUUAUUUAUAACAGGCUGGUAUUGGUCAACUCAACAAGACUGUUGCCAAGUGAGGAAAAAAGGAAGAAGUUGUGUUUAUUUUUCUGUAGACAGAUGAAAGAAGGCAAGAAAAAGGCUGAAUUUAAGGCUGCGUCUAAACAGCCCUUUUUGGCAGUGGUCAUCGGCUUUUGUGUUAGCCAGAGCCAUUGACGAAGCGGCUAUUUCAGGCACAGCCUGGCAGGAUAUCAGCGUAUUGUUUUCUAUAAAAGAGGUCAAAGAGCACUGGACAUGCUCAGUAGAUAUUUAAAAUAAAAAAUUGAUAGCAAUUACUAGAAACAGACGGGAUGCUCUCUGUACAUAUGAACUACUGUAGUUUAAAAAACCAUGUCAAUGUAUGUAUAUGCUACGAGUUUAAAAGUUUUCUUUUGUAGGGAUCGUGCAAUAAUUCCCCUUAUUUUUCUGUGCUGUGGCAUGUGGUAAACGCAUCCUAACUGCAAAACUUAUUUAUUGACGAGAGUGGGAUAGAACGGAUGGUAUACAGAGUGAGAGUUGAGAAAAGUGUGUGAGAAUCCGUGCGAGUGAGCAAGUGCGUGAGUAUGAACAAGUGUGUGAACGAGCAAAUAAGAAACUACAUGAGCGUGUGAGAUUUGGCGUGACAGAGCGAGUGCAUUAGAUUCUUUGUGAGUGACCGAGUGCCAGAUGAGAGUCAAGGGUUUUAAAACCAAAUUACAGCUAUACUAAUUUAAAUACUUUAAUUAGCGAACUUAAUAUUGAUGUUUGUCGUAAAAUUAAUUGUAACUUUUAACGAUGUCUCCGUGAAAAAAAAUGUGUUUUAGUUUGAAUACAAGUACGAGAGUAAACAACACUACUACUUUUUUUAUAAUAAAUUCCAUGUACAUCUAUUAAGUGUAGCUUAAUUUAUAUUUGACAGAAUCAAAAGAAGUUGAGUUUUAGUUUCAAGCUAAGAUAGACGGUGCCUUUAGAUACUUUGGGUAACUCAAACAGUUUCCUGCAGUUGGAAGAAAUGGUUCAAUGUUUAGCAGAAUCUUCAAAGUCUGAAAAUGUGACUUUUGUCAUUGUUGAUGUCGUUUAUUUUUUAUUUUUUUUGUUCUAGAAACAGCGGGUGUAUUCAUCUUUAAUGAGAAGGAUUAAAGAAAACGUGCUGUGCAUUUUUUAGUAGAGGAUAGUCUGACUAUACUCGUGUGAAGCAAUAGACUUUUAAAGCAUCCAUGUUGCCCCUCCUUUGGGCAAAAUGAUCAAUGAAAUGCAUGUAGUUUGAAGAAAAAGUUCCAAUAUUUUUGCCUCUCCAUGAGGCAGAAAGGGAAAAUGAGGCGACGGUAGUUUGAGGAAAAAGCAUCCAUGUUGCCCCUCCACGAGGCAAGAUGGGGCAAUGAAAUGAAGUUUGAAGAAAGGGCAUCCAUGUUGCCCCUCUCAUUGGGUAAAAUUGGCCAUGGAAACGAAUGUAGUUUGAAAAAAGCACCAGUCUCGUUUAGCACCAAAUUCUCUUCCAUUCAAUACACAAGGAACCAGCCUAAUCUCAUUCAAGCCUCAAUUUGGAUACAUGUGGACAAAUAUGCAAGAAAACAAAAUGGCUGCAAUGUGACAGUUUCUUUGUGCAAAAUGCCAAUUUUGUUCUGGGGUAUAAACCCUGGCUUACCCUAGUUUUGUUUUCAACUUUCAGAUAUGCACAGAGACACUGAUAUGCAUACUAUACCUACUGCCUGUAUAGCCUUCUUUUUCUCCCAAAAAGGAGCAGCUCAAUAAAAUUAGGGCGGAGCUUAUUUUGGUUUAAAUGGGGUGUACUGUUUUUGGAUGGACAAAAAACAGUGUGCAAGCAAUAACAUAGCACUUGGAAAGCUCUUAAACCAGGGCCUUGUUAAUCAGGACAAACCUUUACCCUAAUUAGAAUCAGCAUUUACUCCAAUUGGGGUAUACUUACCCAAAUUGGGAUAACCUUUAUUCCAAGUGGUACACUUUACUUAGGGUAUACUUCUCCCAAUUGGGAUAUGCUUUGCUCCAAGUGGUAAUACUUUACUUGGGUAUACUUUCUCCAAUUGGGAUAUGCUUUACUCCAAGUGGUAAUACUUUACUUGGGUAUACUUUCUCCAAUUGGGAUAUGCUUUGCUCCAAGUGGUAGUAUGCUUUACCUCGGUCAAGAUAAAUCUUCACUUCAAUCAGGAUAAUUUUUCCCAAUUGGGAUAUAAACCUUGAUUGGUCCUCGGGUGACAACAACUUUGUUUUUCUCUUCAUUGUGUGACACCAAAUUAUUGGCAAUAAAAUGUAUUUAGUGGUGAAUGUCAGCAUGAAUAUCAGUCCCUCUUUGCAAUGGGUAACUUAAAAAAGGAUUGCAUCUAUUUGUUGUUACUAUCAAAAACCCUACAUCAUUACAGAAAAAGGGGGUAACUUUUGAUUGGAAGCUAAUGAACCUCCAAAAUAAUUGUCUAAAAAAAGGUUUUCUUGCAAUGUUGUUUGUGGAUACUUUACCGGCACUUAAGAAAGAAAAAGUAUUUCUCAUUGAAACAAACACUUAAGAGUUCACACAAUACCUUCAUUGGCUUCCAGCAGCAACAGCAAUCUGGCCUUGGUGACACUGUCAAUCUCGGACAUGCAACUGAAACCUUUAACUGAAAAACACUGUAAAAGAGUUGAGUGUGAUCGCCCAUUUCCUCUUUUUUUUUUUUAGCCCAAUGGGGAAAUUUGGAAGGCAGGCGGAGGUCUAGCUAAAACUGUCAAUCCAAUACACUCAAACUUAAAUUUACCACAAUUACUUUGUCCUUUUUUUCUAUUGCUCACCAAGCAGUCUGCAUUCGUAACAACUACAGUCAAAAGUCAUUCAAACUUUAAACAAUAUUGCGAAACAGUAAAGGAAAAGAAAAACUUGAGAAACUUAAUUUUUAUUACAGCCUUCCUAAAUAGAGAUACUCGAUGCAAAACUAACAAUAAACUUGUAGAUAAAAGUGUAAUGUAGAACUUUUCCAGUAGAAUUAACUCUUAAUUGUAAUCUCAUCUGUUACUUUCUUUUUUCCAAAAUGUACUAAAUGUUUACACAAUGUGUUUAUGUGUACUACUUGUCAGUGAAAUAAAACUUUCAGAACCAAGA